AGUUAAUAACAAAAUUUUCAUUGCAGUUUUUAGGUAAUCAAUCCUAUGAUACUUAUCAAUAAAUAAAGUCCAAAAUGAACCGCUUCGAGCAUUGCCAAGCACGCCUCGCCGAAAAUGAGUCAUUUGUUGCCAAAGAUCGCAAUAUAAAGCUAUACGACGGCGAUGCAAAGACAAAUUUCGAAGAUGGUGAAAUAGUGCUCACUAGCCACCGAUUGCUGUGGGGUCGCAACGGCGAAAUUGCUCGUGGGGGUAGCGCACUGUCACUGCGUUUGAAAUAUGUACAAUCACUGGACGAGGAAGAAGCUAGUUCGAUGCUGUUCAGUCGUAAGAAACGGAUUAUUCUUCGUUUGGCGGCGGUUUUGCCGGACAAGACCCCGGGACCAAUGGACAAUAGUGUAGCCUCUUUUAUCAAAAUAUCUGGUAAAAAUGGCGUGGAAUCUGGCUUCGUGCAAGCACUUCAAGAGACUGUUGCCGCCAAAAUCUGGCUAAUAGAAGAAAGGGAAAACGCUGGAAGUACUUCUGUCCAGCAACCGUCACAACGUACAUUGCGGACGGGAAUAGUGGGCAUUGAAAGAAAGUUGAUAGAAAAACAAAAGCAGACCGACGAAAAUAUUACCAUGGCAUUUAAGGACCUAGGAAAGCUGAUGGAAAUGGCUAAGGAUAUGGUGACUAUUUCUAAAAUAGUAAGUACCAAAAUCAGAGAGCGGCAAGGUGACAUAUCCGAGGAUGAAACUGUUCGAUUCAAGUCUUACCUAAUGAGCCUUGGUAUAGAUGAUCCAGUGACGAGAGAUGGGACGCGCAGCAAUACAGAAUAUUUUAUGAAAUUAUCUCAGCAAUUGUGCGAAAUGUUACUUGAUCCGAUUACGGAAGCAGGUGGCAUGAUGUCUCUAGCAGAUGUUUAUUGCAGAGUGAAUCGCGCUCGUGGGUUGGAACUGUUAUCACCCGAAGAUUUGCUGGAAGCGUGCAAAUUACUUGUAGGACCUAUCAAGCUAAGACAAUUUCCGAGUGGUGCAAUGGUUCUUCAAUUGGAAAAUCAUGAUGAUGAGCUAGUGUCCCGAGAAACGUCUGAGAUUGUAAAAAAAUACAACUCGAUAAGUGCAGACGAGUUGGCUCGGGUUGUAGGGAUUUCUCUUUUGCUGGCUAACGAGCGGCUACUAGUCGCUGAGGGGUUGGGCAAUAUUUGCCGGGACGAAUCCAUAGAGGGUCUUCGGUUUUAUCCUAAUUUAUUCCUUCAAUAAUACCAUUUGACUAAAUCGUAUGUGUAGUCUUUCUUGUCGGCAUAAUCAGCAUCGAAAUUCAAAAUCCGCAGAUCAUGAUCUGUUACCAGAAACAGUUGACUAGUGUCUGCAGCUAAACUGUACACGGGUGAGUAGUGUGACAGCAUUUUAGACGAGAAAUACAUCUGAAUACAGCGUUUUGGCAUGCGUAGAUCAAGCAAAUUGACUCUGAAGUUGUACUUCAUGCCACACAGCACUGCAUAGGCUCCAUCAUAAUCCAGACAGUAAACAGAAGCAUCGUAUGGAUCAGUCCAUACGGCCUCAUCCCGACUGGUUCGAAUGUCCACAACGCGGAAUGUAGUGUCAAAGUUUCCCGUUAACACCGUAGUCGGAUCUUUCCAUAACACAUGAUAAACGGCCCGAGUUGGUGAAUUUAGCGUUGU